GGUCGACAGAGACACAACGAGCACGACUCCCUGACGCCGGCGAUGAGGCUGAGCGUCGUCUUCCUCCUGGUCGUCAGCUGCAGCUGCCGCCCGGCGUCCGUGUUCCUGGAUCCGGAUCGAGCUCACGACGUCCUGGUGCGAACUCGCAGGUUCAACUCGGGCUGGUUCGAGGAGCUGCAGAAAGGAGAUCUGAAGAGAGAGUGUCUGGAGGAGAGAUGUUCGUACGAGGAGGCGCGGGAGGUGUACGAACACACGGAGAGCACGGACGAGUUCUGGAAGAGAUACGACGUGCCGGACGCAUGUCAGUCGGACCCGUGUGUGAACGGCGGCAGCUGCUCGGGUUCGGACUCGUCCUUCACCUGCUUCUGUUUGCCUCAGUUCAGUGGACUGAGCUGUGAGCUCGAGACCCUGGCCGUGUCCAACACCUGCCUGCUGGAGAACGGAGGCUGUGAACAUUUCUGUGACGAUGAUGAGGAGGGACGAAGAUUGAACUGCUCUUGUGCGGAUGGUUACUUCCUGGAUGUGGAUGGGCGGAGCUGCGUAGCUAAAGAGUCACUGGCCUGCGGUAUGGUGCCCGUCCUCCAGGGGGACGCCCCGGCGCCGCUCGACCCCCGGGGGCGGAUCGUGGGCGGGACCGAGUGUCCCCGAGGUGAAUGUCCCUGGCAGGUUUUGCUGAUUUACAAAAACAAAGGUUUCUGUGGAGGAGUGAUCAUCAAACCCACGUGGAUCCUCACAGCGUCCCACUGUCUGGAGAAGAUCCAGGUGCAGCUGCUGCAGGUGGUUGCAGGCGAACACAACACGGAGCUGGCUGAGGGCUCGGAGCAGCUCAUCCAGGUUCUGGAGAUCAUCAUGCACCAGAGCUACGUCAUGGAGACGGCCGACAACGACAUCGCCCUGCUGCGCCUGGCCACGCCCAUCGUCUACACGUCGCACGCCGUCCCGGCCUGCCUGCCCACGCGCCCGCUGGCCGAGCGCGACCUCUGGGCCGUCAGCCUGCACACGGUGAGCGGGUGGGGGAGGAGGGGCGAGCUCGGCCCCACCUCCCACGUCCUGCGCCGCCUGCGGGUUCCACGCAUCCGCACGCAGCAGUGCGUGGAGGAGAGCGGCGUGGUCCUCACGGCCAACAUGUUCUGCGCCGGAUACAUCGAGGGUCGCCAGGACUCGUGCAAGGGCGACAGCGGCGGCCCCCUGGUGACGCUCUACAAGAAGACAGUGUUCCUGCUGGGCGUGGUCAGCUGGGGGAAGGGCUGCGCCCGGCCGGGGAACUACGGCAUCUACACCCGGGUGUCCAACUACCUGGAGUGGAUCCACAACCACACCGCCGAGGAACCCAGGAACAUCACCGAGGCUUCGCUGCUGGACGAGCCACAGCGCCGGAGGAGGAACCUCUGAGGGCCAGAGGAGGAACCUCUGAGGAGGAACCUGAGGAGGAACCUCUGAGGAGGAACCUCUGAGGGCCGGAGGAGGAACCUGAGGAGGAACCUGAGGAGGAACCGGAGGAGGAACCUGAGGAGGAACCUGAGGAGGAACCGGAGGAGGAACCUGAGGAGGAACUGGAGGAGGAACCUGAGGAGGAACCUCUGAGGAGGAACCGGAGGAGGAACCAGAGGAGGAACCUGAGGAGGAACCUCUGAGGAGGAACCGGAGGAGGAACCUGAGGAGGAACCUCCUCAGAGGUUCCCUGACCUCCUGAUCGUUUUCGUCACAUGUGAUGAUUUGAUGUUUUCAAUCAUUUGUCUUAUUCUGGGUUUUAAACAAAUUAUUUGUCAUCUUGACAUUUUAUAGAAUCUCCUCAAACAAAAUGAAUUAAAUCUAAAGAUCCAUAUAACUUAGUUAAUAAUGAUUAAAAUGAUCACAGAAACAUUUGAUACAUUAGAACGAGUAGAUUUGUAUCUUUGUGUGUGUGUGUGUGUGUGUCUGUGUGUGUGUGUGUGUGUGAGUGUGUGUGUGUGUGUGUGUGUGUGUGUGUGUGUGUGUGUGUGUGUGUGUAUCUUUGUGUGAGUGUGUGUGUGUGUGAGUGUGUGUGUGUACACAUUGUGUUUAUACAGUCCAGUGUUUGCAGUGGUCAUCUCCUCUGAACUGUGACUGUGAACUCUGGACCUUUCAGAAUAAAACAUCUUCUAUGAUAAUAACUAGUUAAAAAACUAAAGUGGUUCUUAAUCUUUUAUUGAAUUUUUAUUGAUCAGUUUUUUUCUUUGUUGUUAAAACUUGUUUUUCUUCAACAGUGAAUAAAUGUUUGAAUCUGAUAUUUCAAUGUGAAUAAAUCCUGCAGUGAAUCCUUCA